AUGAGCGCUGACAGCCAGUAUGAGGACAGUGUCUCUGAUCUGCUGCUGGAGAACAUCAAACACAGGCUGCUGAGCGCCUUCAGGGUAACCUCCGCCCAGAGAGAGCCGCCUGCUUCCUGGUCCCUCAGCACCAACCCUCGGGCUGAUCAGGAACUCCGCAGGGCCAAGAUCGAUGGGGCCAUCACUUGGCUCCGGACUGAACUGUUGGAGAUGCGAUCCCAGGAUCGGGAGCUCGCUAAAACCUUGUUGGAGUUAAACCGGGAAAUCCAGAAGCUCAGGAAUGAACAGGAAUUCUGCAGAAAUGUGCGCAGCGAGUCUCCUUCAGAGCUUCGGGAUCCUGAAAUUCAAACUUCCAGGCAACCAGACAAGGAAGGAGAGCAGGAGUUGCUCAGUUCCAGGAGCAGCAGAGAGCAAACUGACCGAUUCUAG